AUGGGAUGUUUUUUAAAGGUUUCAGGAACAGUUGUCAGAGUAACACAAACCAAAAUGUUAGAGUAUCAAAGGAAAUAUGUAUGUAUGAAAUGCAAGUAUGAAAACUGUGUGGAAGCAGAUUUUGAAAAUCGAUAUAUCUUAAAAGCCCCAUCCAGAUGUGGCAAUUCUGAUAUUAGAUGCAGAUGUUCUACUUUUACACAAAUAAACUUAGUAUCCAGAGAAUAUUGUAGGGACUAUCAAGAAAUCAAAAUACAGGAACAAGUGAACAAACUUAGCAUAGGCACUAUACCAGGAUCCAUGUGGGUGGUGCUUGAAGAUGAUCUUGUGGAUUGUUGUAAGCCUGGUGAUGAUGUUAAUAUUUGUGGAACAGUUCGCCGGCGGUGGCGCCCUGCAGUGCAAAACAAAAAAUCAGAAGUGGAGUUAUUGUUGCAUGCUAAUUAUGUGGAAAUUAGUAAUGCUCAAAGAUCUGCUGUGAUUGCCACCGCCCCCGAUAUUAAGAAAUGUUUCAAUGAAUAUUGGGGCAAGUUUGAAGCCUGCCCACUACAAGGCAGAGACCGAAUCCUAUCCUCCGUAUGUCCACAGGUCUAUGGUUUACAUUUAGUGAAACUUGCAGUAGUUCUGACCGUCAUUACUGGGUCGAAUCACGCUUUGGAUGAUGGGUGCGACAAAUCGGCAAACGAUGAAAAGUACGAAAUGCACAUGAGGGGCCAGUGUCACCUGCUAUUGGUGGGUGAUCCGGGUACAGGCAAGUCGCAGUUGCUGCGCGCUGGUGCAGAGCUCACUCCCCGAUCGGUGUUCACCUCAGGUGCGGGAAGCACCAGGGCCGGACUCACUUGUGCGGCGCUAAAAGAAGAGGGCGAAUGGCAGCUCGAAGCUGGCGCCCUGGUGCUGUCCGACGGCGGCGUCUGCUGCAUCGACGAGAUCUCCCAGCUGAGGGAGCACGACCGCACCGCGAUACACGAGGCCAUGGAGCAGCAGACCAUCUCUAUCGCGAAGGGCAAUAGGGCUCAUUAUCGAGCACCGAAUUCACCGUUUCGUUUUCAUUUACCGCACGACCGCACCGCGAUACACGAGGCCAUGGAGCAGCAGACCAUCUCUAUCGCGAAGGCAGGUAUAGUGUGUAAGCUGAAUACGCGGUGCGCGGUAAUAGCCGCUUGCAAUCCGAAGGGGCAUUAUCAAACUGAUGAACCGCUGAGCUCAAACGUAUCUUUGGGGACGCCUCUCUUAAGCAGAUUCGAUUUGAUAUUCAUUCUGCUCGACUCGAGGAACCGCGCGUGGGACAAAUUAGUCUCGUCUCACAUUCUAUUUGGAGCGUCAGACCCAAGAGUCUCGGAAUCGAGAUGGAAUAUCGAAAAGUUGCAGAUGUACAUCGGCUUAGUUGGCCCGUGGCGAACUGAAAUGACAAAAGCAGCCAAUACCAUACUCCAAGCCUAUUAUAUGAUGCAGAGGAAAUCUCACAACAGAGAUCCUUCUAGAACAACUGUCCGAAUGCUGGACAGUCUCGUCAGAUUAUCUCAGGCGCAUUGUCGACUAAUGUACCGCACCACAAUAUUGCCAGUUGACGCUAUAACGGCCGUGUCAUUAGUAGACUUAUCAAUGCAAGACUACACUUCGAACGACACCGUAGACGCGUUGCACUCGGCUUUCCAGAAACAUCCAGAUUUCGACUAUCUACGCAACGCCAAAAGAAUAUUGACACGCCUAAAUCUUCAGCAAAUAUGGAAGGAGGAAUUGCUUUAUUACGCUAAGCUCUUGAAAGUCGACCACAAAACUCUGGAAUGCGACGUGGAGGGAGGAAGGGUCCAGCUGUUUUCCAAAUACGACGAAGUGACUGACGAAAACAUUCCGUUGUCGGCAUCGCUAGUCACAAGUUCGUAUUUUAACAGGAACGUUACGAAAAACAACGGCACUGAAAAAGAAUUGAACAAAGAAAAUGUUGAUAUGGAUUUAAACGUGGAUCAGAAAACUAUAGUCAACGAUCGUUUAGCAGCAACGCUUAAAAAGCACGCGGCUCCCAAUAAAUGCGAAAAUAAGUUGGCUAAUGUUCAAAAAAAGGGACCCACCCGCAAAAGGAAACGGAAGGAGUUAACAAUAGACACCAGUUCAUUUGGCAAAAAGGAGGGCAAAAAACAAAAAGGAAGUAAAAUGAUCGAUCUCGGUGAUAUAAGUGAUAGUGAGGAGGAUUUUUAUGAUCCUACUAAAUUAUUAAAUGCAGUCCCAAGUGUGAAUGAUGUAUUCAACAAUUUAGUUGAUGAUGUCGAUUUAAAAUUCGAUAAUGAGAUAUUUUAUGUAACUGGAACAGAAAGAAAGAUUGAUGAUAUACCAGAAUCGAAACUGAUCGAAACAAGAUCAGAUGAGUCUAAAAUAGGAGAGAACAAAGCAAUAUCGAAGACAAAAGAAUUGUUGAAACAAUUUCAAUUUGCUAAAAAACAUAAUACUGAAAUGGUUAAAGAUAAUAUCAUCCAAAAUGGUGAUAUUAAAAGGGAACCGAAUGACAAUGUUAGUGAUAAGGUAAUAUCUGCUUCUAGCUCGCAAAUAUCAAUAUUUGAGAGCACAGAUUGUGAUAUAGAUUUAGAUAUA